ACAACACAAAUUGAAACAAUGGGUACCCUCAAUAUCAACCCUGAACUUGAUGACCAAAUUUUCAACACCAUAAACCCUUUAGAUCCUGAAGAAUUCAGAAAGCAAGGUCACAUGAUUGUGAACUUCCUUGCUGAUUACUAUCAAAACAUUGAAAAAUAUCCAGUUUGUAGCCAAGUCAAUCCAGGCUAUCUCCAAAAACUUGUACCGAAUUCUGCACCUGAUAAUCCUGAACCACUUGAAAAUAUUCUUCAAGAUGUCAAAAGAGAUAUUAUUCCAGGGAUAACUCACUGGCAAAGUCCUAAUUUUUUUGCUUAUUUUCCUUCUUCCGGAAGUAUUGCUGGAUUCCUAGGCGAAAUGCUUAGUGUUGGAUUUAAUGUGGUAGGGUUCAAUUGGAUCUCAUCCCCUGCUGCAACUGAACUUGAGAGCAUUGUGAUGGAUUGGUUUGGGAAAAUGUUAAAUCUUCCCAAUUCUUUCUUAUUCUCUGGAGGUGGUGGGGGUGUACUACAGGGUACAACUUGUGAAGCUAUGUUGUGCACUAUAGUGGCAGCUAGAGAUCAAAUGCUGAGGAAAAUUGGUAGAGAAAAUUUUGGCAAGUUGGUGGUCUAUACAUCUGAUCAGACACAUUUUUCUCUCAAGAAGGCUGCCCAUAUAGCUGGGAUAGACCCCGAGAAUUUUCGAGUAAUCCCAACAACAAAGGCUAAUGAGUAUGUCCUGUGUCCAAAAUCGCUACGUUUAGCAAUCUUGAAAGAUACUAAAGAAGGAAUGAUACCCUUGUUCCUGUGCGCGACAAUUGGGACAACUUCAACAACUUCUGUUGACCCAUUGCGUUCGCUUUGUGAAAUUGCUAAGGAAUAUGGGAUUUGGGUGCAUGUGGAUGCUGCGUAUGCGGGAAGCGCUUGCAUUUGCCCUGAAUUUCAACACUUCCUUGAUGGUAUUGAAAAUGCAAACUCUUUCAGUCUCAAUGCACAUAAAUGGUUCUUUUCCACUUUGGAUUGUUGCUGCCUUUGGGUGAAGGAUCCAAGUGCACUUACAAAAGCGUUAUCGACUAAUCCUGAAUGCUUAAGAAACAAAGCCACAGAGUUAAAGCAAGUGAUUGAUUAUAAGGACUGGCAAAUUGCAUUGAGCAGGAGAUUUAGGGCUUUGAAACUAUGGCUAGUUUUGAGAAAUUAUGGAGUAACUAAUUUGAGAAAUUUGAUAAGAAGUCAUGUGAACAUGGCUAAGCAUUUUGAAGGGCUUAUAGCUAUGGACAAAAGGUUUGAAAUAUUUGUGCCUAGAAAAUUUGCUAUGGUGUGUUUUAGGAUUUCUCCAUCAGUAAUAAGUCGAGUUUCGACAACGUUCGAUGAGGAACAAGUGAACAAGUACAACACUAAGUUGGUUGAGUCGAUUAAUUCAUCUGGAAAACUCUAUUUGACUCAUGGAGUUGUUGGAGGAAUUUAUAUUAUUCGAUUUGCCAUUGGUGCUUCUCUUACUGAUUAUAUGCAUGUUGACGUGGCUUGGAAGGUGAUACAAGACCAUGCCAAUGUCCUGCUAAUUCCAGGCUCUUUUUAAUUAUUGAAAUAAUAGGGUCAACUGUUGCAUUUGUUUUUCCUUUUCAAAGAUUUGUUGGACAUUGAUGGAGGAACCAAAAUGUUUGUACUAUUGCAUUUUACAUUUGAAAUAAGAUCUUAUGAAAAUUCAGCACCA